AUGAAUUCUUUUAAGGCAUGGUGGUGGCGAAGAAAAGCGCGUUGGCAAAAAUGGUGCCGCACACAGUCAUCGAGCGAAGCAUCCUCUGCGGAGGUGGCAAAUGUAAAAUCUUUGCACGCGUCCGGAUAUAGGAAAAGUCUGCUGGACGUGGUAACCGCGGAAUGCGCAAGCGCUGUUUUGGAGGGUGCAGAAAACAAGAGACAAUCCCUUGGCCUAAAGACAGUAAGUCGUGGCCCUUCCGCGGCAGACCGCUCUGAUAAGCAAUCCCUUAGUAUGGCCAGAGCGAGGGAAGCGUCGGCCGACGCAAUUCAACAAAUCGCAGAGAAGGCAGAGGUUAUAAUUGAUGAUGACUUUGCAUUGGAAACUGACGACGUCGAAAAUGCACAGCAGCAGUUUAAAAUCAACACAAAAGACACUCACAGGGCGGACAAAAAAAAUCAAACAAAACAAAAAAGUAAACAAGUUAAGAAAGUGAAAGAUGGGCACGUGACCAAAAAACAAAAGAAAUUAUUCCACGACAAGGUUGAAGGAGUUCACAUGGACCUACUUCAUUGUGAUUCCUCUAUGACCGAAUUCACGUUCAAAGUGCUUGAUACAAUGGGGUAUCUCGAAGAGAUUUGCAUCAGAAAGGAAUCUGCCAUCUGCUCAUCUGUCUGGUGCAAAAAGGAAUGUCACCACCUGAUGUGGAUUUUCCACAAUUUGUUCAACUUUGAUAAAGAGCAGCCGAUUAUGUACCAGUCAAAAUUCACUGAUCAACAGUGGAAACAAAUAAUUGAGGCAUUCCCAGAAAACGUCCCACUGCCUAAAGUGACUUGUCCUUCAGAGGAUGAGCAACAAUAUACGAUAAACAAAAGAACAUCUAAAAAGGACGCUAAACGCGCCACCUGUAAAAAAGAAUUAUCAGAGGGUAAUAUCCAAGCCACAACAGAAGGCCCUUACAGGACAAUACAGAAGUCCUGGAUUAAAAGAACAUUCUUCUUUUGCCCUCGUUUGCAGUGCAUGGGAAAAUUGCCGAGGAAUUCUUUUAUUUGCCCAUAUAAAACUGGAAUGACACUGUUAAUCGAAACACCUUUGACUGAACAGCAAAAGAAAGAAAUAGACUUGAAAACUUGA